AGUGGAGCGCUCGGGGAGCGCGGGCGGCGGCGGCGGCGGCGGCGGCGCAGAGCAGGAGGCCGGCGGCGGCCCCGGCCCGGGUCCCAGCCCCGGUCCCGGCGGCUCCCCCGCCGACGGCGCGCGGCCCGGCCCGUCCCGCGAGCUUGCCCCGGCCCCGGGCCCGUCCGCCGCCGCCGCCGCCAUGGCCCGGCCGCUGGUGCCCAGUUCGCAGAAGGCGCUGCUGCUGGAGCUCAAGGGGCUGCAGGAGGAGCCGGUCGAGGGUUUCCGCGUGACGCUGGUGGACGAGGGCGACCUGUACAACUGGGAGGUGGCCAUCUUCGGGCCGCCCAACACCUACUACGAAGGCGGCUACUUCAAGGCUCGCCUCAAGUUCCCCCUCGACUACCCAUACUCCCCACCAGCUUUCCGGUUCCUGACCAAGAUGUGGCACCCCAACAUCUAUGAGACAGGGGACGUGUGCAUCUCCAUUCUGCACCCCCCAGUUGACGACCCCCAGAGCGGGGAGCUGCCCUCGGAGCGGUGGAACCCCACACAGAACGUCAGGACCAUCCUGCUGAGUGUGAUCUCGCUCCUGAACGAGCCCAAUACCUUCUCGCCGGCCAACGUGGACGCCUCCGUGAUGUACAGGAAGUGGAAAGAGAGUAAAGGGAAGGACCGGGAGUACACGGACAUCAUCCGGAAGCAGGUGCUGGGGACCAAGGUGGACGCAGAGCGCGACGGUGUCAAGGUGCCCACGACACUGGCCGAGUACUGUGUGAAAACCAAGGCGCCAGUGCCCGAGGAGGGCUCAGACCUCUUCUACGAUGACUAUUACGAGGACGGCGAGGGGGAGGGGGAGGCCGACAGCUGCUUUGGGGACGAGGAGGAGGACUCGGGCCCCGAGGAGGCCUGAGGCGGCUGCGUGCGCCCACCUACCGGAAUAAACAGCUUUACCUCACUGGGCCGCCGCGUGGGCCGCGGGCCACAGCCUAC